AUGUUUCAAUUCCGAAGAUCUUUGACACGUCGGGAAUCCCACACAUCCCUCUCGGCAAGUCUCUUCCUCCUCCUUGCCGUUAUUGCCUACCUCUCCAUCCCAUCGAUCCAUGCUCAACUCGCAUCCACCUCAUCACCAGCUUCAGCUCCACAAGUCGAACAACAAUCGAGCAUUCAAUUCGGAGCUGAAUCUUUCCGUGCUGGUGGUGGCCAACCCACACAACAAGAAUAUGGCGUUGAAGAAGAUCUAGAAAAUGAAAAUAUUCCUCUCUCCGAACUGGUCAAAAGAUUAUCGAGUGGAGGAUCUUCUCCAUUGGAACACCAAUCGGAUUUAUUUAUUAGAAAAAUCCCAUUCGAUGAUCCAAAGAAAGUUCAAGAAUUGGCUCAAUUGUUGAGUAGUCGAAAGGCUAGAAAUUUGAAGAGAGUAGUUUUUAAUAAGAAUGGACCUGAGAAGGAGAAUCCCAACAUGUUGGAUUCGGAAAUGUUAGCAAUUUUGGUGGAGAACGGAUUUUUGAAACAAGACAGCAAUUCAUCUCAACUCGAAGUGAUUGGAAUUACUUCGAAUAAUAUUACGGAUGAUAGUUGUUUGAUUUUGAGCAAGUUGAUCUUUAAGAAGGGCAGUGUUGUGAAAAAGUUGUACUUGUAUAAUAAUAAUCUUGAAGGAUCGAAUUGUUUGAGAUUGAUUUUCAGUCCAGUCUUGUUGAGUGGUCAACAGGCUUUGGAUUCCAACAAGAUGACCAUUCCACCUCUUUCAAAGAUUGUCAUUUUACACAACAAUAUUGGUGAUGAAGGUGUGAAGAUUGUGACACAGGUGGCUCGAGCAAUUCCAACAAUUACAGAUCUCAUGUUGAAGAAAGUUGGUCUCGGAGAAGAAGGUUUAGUGCACUUGUCAAAAUUCAUUACCGAUCAUCCCACUCAACUCGUUUCAUUGGAUAUCAGUGAAAAUGACAAGGUUACAUCCAAUGCAUUCUCUGUAUUUAUGGAAGCUGUUGAAAAGAGCACUAUUCAGCUGCUGAACAUUAAUGAAAUGGGAUUGAAAGGAAAGGAGUUUGUGGAUCCACUUCUCAAACUCAUCAAAAACAAUAAGAGUAUUCGAAAGAUUGAUUUGAGUGACAAUCGAAUUGGUGACAGCGGUGUGAAAACCAUUAUGAAUGUCUUGUCUGAACUUGUUACUCCAGGUGGCUCCUAUCCAUUCCUUUCCAAGAUUGAUCUCUCAAAUGUUGGACUCACUGGUGAUGGAAUUCGUGUCAUUAUUGACACUGUGAAAAAGAAUACUUCACUCAAGAAGGUCUAUAUUUAUCGAGUAGAAUUCUUCUUUGAAGAUCCAACCAUUGAGGCAGAAUUGAAACAAUUAGGAAAGGUCAUCAAAUCAGAUUUCAUUGAUGAAGAAGUUGUGACCACCAAUGGUGGAGGAGAUGAACACCAAAAUGCUGACUCACAAGAAGAGAAUACCACCAAUGAAGACACUGAAGUGAUGGAUGACCAACAAGGACAAGAAGAAGAAGAGGAAGAGGAAGACAAUGCCACUGAAGAAGAAUUGAAGGCACAUCCAUUAUUUAGUGCAGCUCCAGGACAAACCACUAAGAAGGAUGAAUUGUAA